ACUGUAUAUAAUAUAAAAGAUUACGGGACACAGAGUAAAACCAGGCCAACAACGACAGUGUGAUACAGUUGGCAAAUGACGUUACCGGUGAAAUCCGACCUCUUAAGUAUAUCGUGCUGCCAGUUUUAAAUACCAGCAAACAGCAAUAUGUAUACGUAUGGCUUUAUUUUUUCAUAUUGUGAAGGUUUAAUAUGGAAUGGACGUACGGCAGGCCAGGAAUGAGAUAUAAGAGGUAAAGUACGUGUGCAAUCACCUGAUGACAGCGCAUGCAAAAAUACAGUCCACAGUGCACAGAUCGAUCUGAUUAUAUUUGCAGCGCAUGCAAAAAUACAGUCCACAGUCCACAGAUUGAUCGGAAAUGUGAACCGUCUUUCUCACGAUAGGGUUAACUUUUCCACACAAGUGCAACUACAUCCUUACACUGUCAUUUGGACUAGUGUUGUUGUUUUUGAACGACACAUCAGAGGGAAUCUGUACUGGACAAAAAAAUGGGCAAAACGUUUAUAGUGGUGAGCAUUAUCGUGGUAGUGGCACAGGCGUGGACAUCACAGGGUACCAGGCUGUACUCCACCCAACGAAGUACUGUUAGAAGAAACUAUCAACGACCUGGUCUUACCAACGGCGUGACACAGAGAGCUGAUACUGUAAGCCGGCCAUUCUUCAAAGCCGCCGUUUAUGAACACGCCGUUGUUCUUCCUUUGUUACCGUUCUAUUCCCGACAGGCGGCGCUGAAGGCUAUGUGGACAAAUUUGGACAUUUACGAGGACCAAGUGGCAUCAGCAUCUUUACAGGGUGCAGACAUCAUUGUUUUUCCAGAGGAUGGGGUUUAUGGAAUGGUGAUGACCCGGCGGAAGAUAGAACCUUUCCUAGAAUACAUUCCAGACCCACAGAAGGAAACUUGGAACCCUUGUGAAGAACCUCACAAGUAUCCUAAUACGGACGUCCAAUGGCGCCUUAGCUGCAUGGCUAAGAACAACAGCAUUUACAUCGUGGCCAAUAUCGGUGACCGUAAGUUCUGCAACAAGACUGCGGACCCGAGGUGCCCGGAUGAUGGGCGUUACCAGUACAAUACUGAUGUGGUUUACUCUCCUGAAGGGACAUUGGUGGCUAGAUAUCAUAAGUAUAAUUUAUUUGAUGAGCCCCAGUUUGACCAGCCUACUAUUGCCGAGGAGAUUUUUUUCGACACGCAUUUCGGUCGAUUCGGCUUGUUCACUUGUUUUGACAUUCUGUUCCGCUCUCCGAGUGUAGACCUCAUUGAGAAGCACAAUGUUGACACUGUGUUAUUCCCAACUGCCUGGAUGGACGCUUUGCCACUGUUAGCGGCCAUAGAAUAUCAUUCAGCUUUUGCAGUGAUGAUGCAGGUUAACUUGCUCUCCGCAAACAUACAUCUGCCAAGUUUACGGUUUGGCGGAAGUGGAAUUUUCACCCCUGUAGGAGAUGCAGCGUUUUACCGAGAUGACACAUCGCAUAACGGGAGGCUACUGUUGGCAACGAUUCCAACGCCAUUUCUCAGACAACCUUAUCUGUCUGAUCAUAAAAUUUCGAAGAUCAUCCUUUCUAAUUCUUCGCACCACUGUUAUGAAUUUGAUCAAACUAGAAGCUGUGAUUAUAAUUCACUGUGCGAAUAUUUCCAGUCGAUAGUUUUCCACGAUUUAUACAACUUUGUUUGGCUAAAGGGUUCGAGCGGAAAUUUGAACGUUUGCUCAGGUGCGGCGUGUUGUUACCUUGACUACGAAAUGGCGACUUCCGGCAAUGCGUACUUUGCGUUGGGGGCGUUUGAUGGCUUACAUUCCGAUAAGAAAUCUUAUUACUUUCAAGUGUGCACCUUGUUGAAAUGUGCGAACUCCACAGGCAGCAGUUGUGGAGAAGUGGUUCAAGAAUCAAGCACAUAUUUCAGCCACAUACAGCUAAGAGGACAGUUUAAUACCUCGUACAUUGCUCCUGAAAUCCUUGUCAUGGACGAAAAGCGGGGGCUGGCCCUGGUCUCUAGUGGUUGGUUUUAUGACAGAAACUUACAAACGCUGAGAGCAGACGGCCUGUUACGACCUGUAAUUUCCGUGAAUCUUUUAGGACGAUGGUACGAAAAGGAUCCCUCAUAGACUGCUCUGAUGUUGGAUGUGAAAAAAUGUCGGGAUAGUCCUAACCCAACGCCAGAGAGCGAUCAAUUUAUAAACCUAUGUAGCUAAGUGGCCAUGCCAAAUAGAUCGAGGAUGGCGAUGCAGCGUGUUACUUUGAACACGGGUCAUUUUUAGCAUUACAUCGGCCCUUGAAAGAACCGAUCGACGUUGUGAUUACUGUAAAACGACCCACGGAAAGGGUAGGGAAAUGCGUUAGUGCAAACAUUGCCAGGAAGACAUAUUUGACCAGUGAUGUCUUUGUCUCAAAUGCCGUGACAAACUGUUAUGGCAACUGCUUCAGAUAGGAAAUCUGGGGCUAGAGUUUCCUCAAUAUUUUAAAACUAUGGCAGAAGUACAUGUAGAUAUGUCGAUUUAAGUUACUGUGAAUAAAUGAUUAUAUUUGAAAGUAAUUUGAGCGAUUAUUUUCGCCCGCGAGUUACUUGUGACUAACCGGAUGUCAGAGUCAUCGAACUGAUCAAUCAAAUUCACUUCAUCAGAUAUGAACUGCAUGUGUUAAGGAAGGGCGAAAAUCGGAGAAACAUGAUUGGCUCAGAACGUAACAUUUUGUAUGACAUAAAUUUCCACUCAAAGGUUUGGAGUUAUUAUUUAUAAAAAAAAGAUUAUUGGGGGACUGUAUUAUUUGACCCUGUUUAUGACAAACAACAACCGGUGUAUCAUUAUCAACUGCACAUGUG